CGUAUGGGGGUGGGAUCUGAUUUGGUUUUUUUCUCUCUAUCCCCUUCUCUCUCUAUCCCCUUUUUCUCCCACCUCGAGAUCAAAUUCGCCAUGCCCUGUGUAACCUGAACUCAGUGCGAAUCCACCCUCGCUCUUCCCUUCCCCCAACGGAUACUUCCACAGAAGCUCCGGACCUGGCAUUCCUCUUGUGACCCGCCCGUUGCCGCUCCGUCUUGGCCAAACGGCUCCUGCCAGAAAUGGCGACGUCGUACUGUGGCUCCGGCCCUCCGUCGCGCUUCGCUUCUCCUCUCCGGCUGCUCCCUCUUCCCUUCCCCAACGGAUACUUCCAGAUAUGCUCCGGACAUCGCAUUCCUCCUCUGAACCGCCCGUUGCCGCUCCGUCUUGGCCAAACGGCUCCUGCCAGAAAUGGCGACGUCGUACCGUGUCUCCGGCCCUCCGCCGCGCUAUAUAACGGCUUGGCUUCUCCUCUCCGACAGUAUGCAAUAUGAAUUCCAGCAGCUUACAUCGUACGGAUCCCAUCGACAAGCCAGCCGGCAGAUCCAGCAAGUCGCUCGACACUGGCUGGAUCGUCCUCAUCGUCUUCCUGGUCCUCGCCGCCGUGGGGCUGCUGGUCCUGGCUGUCUGCUGCAUCCGCCGGCGGAAGCAGAAGCCGAGGUCUCCAGCUGCGAUCCCUCGGCGCGAGCGAAUCCCGGCCGAGACAGCAGUCGUUCGCAUCGGAGAAAGCGGCGCCCGGCGACUCCCGGCAGAGAGAGCGAUCGUCCACACCGACCAAAGCGGCGCCGGCGAGGGAGACGGAGUCCAAGCUACCGGCUGUCCGAUGUGUCUCCGCCCGUACGACAACGAGCCGGGCAGGGGGGCACCGGAAAGGCUGAAUUGCGGCCACGUCUUCCAUGAGCAGUGCAUCAAGCCGUGGGUCGCCGUGAACUUGGCCUGUUCCGUUUGCAACCGCACCCACAUCGAGCUUUGCGGGGAGACACCCGGCGAGGCCAGGGCACCACGGAAUCGGUACUCGUUCAGCCAUCUAGACAGCUCGGCCACCACAAAGGAUGACAUCGCCGUCGGCAGCUCGAGCUUCCGACUACCAGAUUUGGCUUGAGUUACCCCGGGGAAAGAAAUUCUAAAAUAGAGUUGUACGUAGUAUUUUCUUUGGAACUGAAUUGUUGGUUGGCUGAUUACCAUCAGUACAGAAGCCGCUGUAGCGCCGGUUGUAGUGUACUGAAAGUUGAUGAUGUGAAAUAAGCAUGAUGUGAAAUUAGUAUGA